UUUCCAAAUGGCCGACUCCGUGGUCAGAGCUUCAUAUGGCAAAGCAACUUCAUUAACAUUAAGUUCAAAGAAAAUGAAGGAAGUUCCAGAGUGUAUUUCCAGAUUAACAAACCUGUCAGUCCUCCUACUGAACAACAACUCCAUCAGCUGCCUGCCUGCAGAGCUGCUCUCUCUGCAACACCUUUCUGUGCUGAACUUGGGAAAUAAUGCCUUGAAGGAGGUUCCUGCUGUGUUGGGCCAUCUGGAGUCCUUGAAGAAACUGUAUCUGUUUAGAAACCAAAUCAGAGCAGUGCCACCUGAGGUGAUAGGCGGCUUAACAAAACUUGUUGUGCUUAAUCUGAACCACAACCAGAUUCGAGGACUUCCUCCAGAGAUGAAAAGAUUAGGCAGGCUUGAACAUCUCAGUGUGCUGGACAACGAGCUGGAGGAGGUUCCUGCUGAGUUGGGUCAUCUCACCAGGUUGACUGUUAUAAACCUGACUUCCAACAAUUUGUCUCGGCUACCUCAGCAGCUGUACCAGUGUAAAGAACUCACCAAGCUGCAUGUCGCCAGAAACAAGCUGAGCAGCCUACCAGAGGGAAUUGGGGCGCUGUCUAAACUCCGAGAUCUGGAUGUGGCUGGGAACAAGUUGUCCAUGUUCCCUGUUGGGUUUCACCUGCUGCACCUGAAGGAGCUGUACUUUGAAGACAACUGGUUUGUGCGCUGUGAGCCGAUGUCGUCGGAGCAGGAUGUGGAGAUGCUGACAUUAAAGGAGCUGGCUGCCAGACGUGUCCUGCGGGAGGACCGGAACAAGUCCUCUCUAGUCCACAGGAUGCUUCCCCUCCACCCAUUUCUGACCGCCAUGUUGGCCAACAGCAGCUGCUGUGCGGUCUGCCUGGACCCCUUCCUCACCACCUGGUUGGAGUGUGUGCACUUUACCAGUCUGAAGAAGGACAUGAACAUGAGGAGUUCUCAGACUAUUCCCGUGCGUGCCCUUCUUUGUUCAUACAAGUGCUUCAAUGAGGGUGGACACUCCUACUAUGGUGUGGCUUCAAGAUAAAUACAAGUCUAUUAAAAAGGUACUUUCCAG